GAUGCAGAGGCACCUUUUGAACAGAUCGCUUCUCUAGGAGUGUCACAGGCUAGGACUCCCAAGGCAGCUUUGUCUUCCCAGAACACACACCCCUGUGAGAUGUGUGGUCCAGUCUUGAGAAACGUUUUCCACUUGGCUGAGUGCCAGGAAACACAACACAGCCAGAAACUUUUGAGGUGUGGAGCAUGUACAAAACGAUUUUGUUUUAGUGCAAACUUUCAGCAGCACCAAGAGCAGCACGUGGAAAAGAAAACCCUCAGAAGCAGUGUGGAUGAGGCCUCGUUUGUGAAGAGCUGCAGAUUCCAUGUGUCACAGAAGCCAUUGUGCUGUGGGGAGUUUGAAAAGGACUUCCCAACCAUCGUGGGACAUCUACAGCAACAGGCCACUCAUACUGUGGAGAAGCCAAACACAGUCACCCAGUGUGGGUCAACUUCACAAGGCAGGAAAAGCCGUCACACCUGGGGAGAAUGCAAGAAAGCCCUCAGCCCCAAACACACACUUGUUCAGGACCAUGGUGUCCACAGUGGAAGACAGUGUUUUGUGUGCAGUGAAUGUGGGAAAGCAUUCAAAUACAAAUCCUCAUUUGUUCUGCACCAGAGAAUUCACACUGGAAAAAAGCUUCAUGUAUGUGGUGAAUGUGAAAAAUCUUUUAGGCAAAGCUCAACCCUCUGUCAACAUCGAAGAAUUCAUACUGGGGCAAGGCAGUACAAGUGCAGCAAAUGUGGGAAAUCCUUAAGCCACAAAUCUGUCCUCAUUUAUCCCCAUCCAUGGCGCAGUGGAGAAAACAGUUAUGUGUGCAGUGAAUGUUCGAAGUCUUUUAGCCAUAGCUCAGUGUUCAUUCCACAUAGGAGAUUUCAAAUUGGAGAAAGGCCUUAUAAGUGUAGUGACUGUGUGAAAUCUUUUACUUCUAUGUCUGCACUCAGUUAUCAUCAGAGAUCUCACACAGGAGAACGACCUUAUGUGUGCAGUGAUUGUGGGAAAUCUUUUAUCUCUAGUUCUGACCUCCGUUACCAUCAGAGAGUUCAUUCUGGAGAAAGGCCUCAUGAGUGCAGUGAAUGUGGGAAAUCUUUUAUCACUCGUACUGCUCUCCGUUAUCAUCACAGAGUUCACACUGGAGAAAGACCUUACGAGUGUAGUGAAUGUGGGAAGUCCUUUACCCGAAAAAAUAACCUAAUUAUACACCUAAGAGUGCACUCAGGAGAAAGGCCUUAUGAAUGUAAUGAAUGUGGGAAAUCUUUUACCUUUAGCUCCAGCCUUCGUUAUCAUCACAGAGUACACACUGGAGAAAGACCUUAUGAGUGCAGUGAAUGUGGGAAAUCUUUUAACAAUAGGUGGACACUCAUUCGACACCGGAGAAUUCACACAGGAGAAAAGCCUUAUGCGUGCAAUAAAUGUGGGAAAUCUUUUUCUUGUAGCUCCACCCUUCAGUAUCAUGAACGAGGUCACCUUGGGGAAAGGCCUUAUGGGUGCGAUGAAUGUGGGAAGUCUUUUACCACUAGCUCUGCCCUCCGUUAUCAUCAGAGAAUUCACACAGGAGAAAGGCCUUAUGAGUGCAGUGAAUGUGGGAAAUCUUUUAUCUCUAGGUCUGACCUCCAAUAUCAUCAGAGAGUUCAUUCUGGAGAAAGGCCUUAUGAGUGUAGUGAAUGUGGGAAAUCCUUUAUCCGAAGAAAUAACCUCCUUUUACACCAGAGAGUUCACACAGGAGAAAGGCCUUACAACUGUAGUGAAUGUGGGAAAUCUUUUAACAAUAGGUGGACACUCAUUCAACACCAGAGAGUUCACACAGGAGAAAAGCCUUAUGUGUGCAGUGAAUGUGGGAAAUCCUUUACCUCCAGCUCCACCCUCUGUUAUCAUCAGAGAGUUCAUGCAGGAAAAAGGCCUUAUGAAUGCAGUGAAUGUGGGAAAUCUUUUACCUCUAGUUCUACCCUCCGUUAUCAUCAGAGAGUUCACACAGGAGAAAGGCCUUAUGAAUGCAGUGAAUGUGGGAAAUCUUUUACUUUUAGUGCCAGCCUCCGUUAUCAUCACAGAGUGCACACUGGAGAAAGGCCUUAUGAGUGCAGUGAAUGUGGGAAGUCCUUUAAGGAUAGAUCACAAUUCAAUAAACACCGGAGAGCUCACACUGGAGAAAGACCUUAUGAGUGUGGUGAAUGUGGGAAAUCUUUUAGCCAAAAAUCUUCCCUCUCAACACACCGGAAAAUUCAUAAUAGAGAACGGUCUUAUGAGUGUAGUGCAUGUGGGAAGUCUUUUACCUCUAUCUCUGGCCUUGGUUAUCAUCAGAGAGUUCACAGGGGAGAAAAGCCUUAUCAGUGCAAUGAGUGUGGGAAAUCUUUUACCAAUAGCUCCAUACUGAUUCGACACCAGAGAGUUCACACAGGAGAGAGACCUUAUGUGUGCAGUGAGUGUGGGAAAUCUUUUACUAGUAGUGCCACCCUCUCUUAUCAUCAGAGAGUUCAUGCAGGCAAAAGGCCUUAUGAGUGCAGCAAAUGUGGGAAAUCUUUUACCUCUAGUUCCACCCUUCGUUAUCAUCAGAGAGUUCACGCAGGAGAUAGGCCUUAUGAGUGCAGUGAGUGUGGGAAAUCCUUUAUCUCUAGCUCUAAACUCCGCUACCAUCAGAGAGUUCACACGGGAGAAAGGCCUUAUGUGUGCAGUGAGUGUGGGAAAUCCUUUAGGGAUAGUUCCCAAUUUAGUCAACACCGGAGAGGUCACACUGGAGAAAGGCCAUAUGAGUGUAGAGAAUGUGGGAAAUUUUUUAUGCGAAAAUCUACCCUUUCUCAACAUCAGAGAGUUCACACUAGAGAAAGGCCUUAGAUGUACUGGGGAUGUGCAGUUUUCUAGUUCAGUGUAAGGAUUCCAGAGGAAACUGAGGAGCCAUAUGUCUGAAUUAACUCUCAGACAUUUGAGCAUGCACAGUGGGGAGAUUUCCCCAUAAGUUUCAGUUAUGUGGGAAGCAUGUGACUAUGUUGCACUCUCUAACCUGUCCAGGGCUCUUCCCAGAUUCAUGUCACUUCCAUCUCUGGAGUCAAGGCCAUUUCACCUCCACCACCUUGCAGGUUCACACAGUGUGCAUCAGUCACCAACCCAGUGUGCUCAGGGAAGCUGACCUCUGUCCUCCAAUGUAUUGGCCAAGUUAGGAGUCACCUGAACCUUUACGGCAUCAGCUUUCACUCCUCCCUGACUUGUCUUGGACAUGGACCUGGUCAGUGUUGGCCCAGAAGAUAGCUAAAGUUCAGCUGGCAGCUUGCAGAGAAUGACAAGACAGGGAUGUGUUGGUCUCACGUGAUAGUAGUAAGUUUUUCCAGCUUCCAAAUCAUGAACUGGGUAACUGCCUGCUGCAGAUUGCUUUGGCUUGUAUGAUAAUCAAGGCCUUACAAGCUCCUUAUGUCCUGUUUAAUCUUGGAAGUUCUGUUAACUGUGCAUGUAGUUUAUACACAGGUUUGUACUGUGUAAGCAUAAAGGGUAGAACAGUUUUUAGGGGUCUCAAAAUUUCUGUGUCUGAGGAGGGACGGUAUGAUGGCAGACAGUAGCUUGCCAGUUAUGACCAAAUUUGCAUUGCUGCCCACUGCCUCCUAGGAAAGACAGCAGGGAUUUCUGGUUUUCAUUUGAAGCCUGGAGGCUUUGUGUUUUAGGAGUCUCUGAGAUGUCCCUGAGAAGCGGCAGCUGUGAGAAUCUCAAGAGCUUUGGAAGCAGAAUGAAUUUUUUCCCUUCCUCAAAGGAGAGGUCACAGGGCAUUUCAGCACUGUUCAGGGAUUAUCUUCCCCAGGUCUACAGAGAGCCAUAUUCCCUGAUGGCCACAAUUUAUUGGCCUAGUGUCACUGGUUCUAAGACCAUUGGGUCCAGGGGAAACCAUAAUUAGUACAGAAACUGGUUUACUAGGGAGAGGAGGAGACUGCAGCCUACUAGUGUGUCAAUGUAAAAAUGACUGUGGAGAAUCAGUUUGUACACAAAUCUCAGUACCUCCAGGCGUGUUUAUCUUGUAUAGCUGAAGUCAUCAGAGAAAAUAAAAAUAAUUGAAAGGUUUCGUGGAUUCCUUUAGCCUCUGUAAUAUUCACCUCAAGGCCAUUACUGCCCAGGCAGGAAGAAAGAGAAAAAAGGGGAUCUAGUCCACAGAUGUGGCUCUUGUGACCCAGACGGCAUUCCUGUUUGACUUCAGGUGGAAAUGUUCUUUAUUGCUCACUAUAUUUGCUGCCACUGAGGCAAGACUGACUGCCGCCCCAACCCCCCAGGGCAUAAGGAGAGAAAUGGUGGAGUCAGUAUAAGGUUGCCAAAUCUAUUUUCUGAAAGGUCUGGGACAUAGAGAUCUUUAAAUCUUGAGCUAUUUUUUAAAGCUUUACUAAGGUAUAAUUUAUAUGUGCUAAUAUGAAUAUAUUUAAAGUGUACAAUUUGAUAAGUUUUGACAUAGGUGUGAACCUCUGAGACCAUCAUCAUAGUCCUAAUAGUGACCAUAUCUGUCAUGGUAUAUUUACCUCAUUCCUAUUAUAAUCUGCUUGUCUUUCUCACCUCUCCAAGUAACCAUUGAUUUACUUUCCUUAUAGUAGAUACCUUGCAUCUUCUUGAAUUUAUAUUAUUGGAAUCAUAUAUUUACCAUAUAUAUUUUUUUCCUUUAUGUAUCAUAAUUACUUUGAGAUUCAUCAGUGGUGUAUAGUGCUUUUGGUUUUGUUUUGUUUUGUUUUUGGCUGAGUAAUAUUUUUUGAUAUGCGACGGUUAGUUUAUCCAUUCUCUUUAUGGGCAUUUGGCUUGUUUCUAGAUUUUGACUUCUGAAAAUAAAGCUGGUAUAAAAAUUGUGUUUAUAUGAGUAUAUGAAUAAUAUCUGUGUUUCUUUUAUCUUUUGUCAGUAACUUAGAAUGUAAUGAUGAGUCACAACUGUUUUACUUUUUUUUUGGCUGCGCUGGGUUUUCGUUGUGGCAAGUGGGCUCUUCGUUGCGGCCUGUGGGGUUAGUAGCCUUGUGGCAUAUGGGAUGUUAGUUCCCCGACCAGAGAUCGAUCCCCUGUCCCCUACAUUGGAAGGCAGAUUCUUAACCACUGGACCACCAGGGAAGUCCCACAAAUGUUUUACUUUUGAAGAAACUAACAUAUUGUGAUCUAAAAUGAUUGUACCUUUUGCAUCUUACCAGCAAUGUAUGAGAAUUCCAUUUCUUCCAUAUUGUACUGAAUACUUGGUUUAUCAGUCGUGUUAAUUUUAGCCUUUUAACUAAGUUUUUACAGUUAAUCACUUUUUGUUUUGAGUUUCCUUAAGGAUUCAUGAUGAGCAUUUUUUCAGAUGUUCAUUUGCUGUGUAUCUUCGUUAAAAUAUUUGCUCAAAUCUUUUUCUUUAUUGACCUUUGGCUAUUUUCCUUUAACUAAUAGGACAAUGAAACAACAAAGAUGUAUGUUGGAAUUUCACUCAUUUUUAAAUAAUUUUAAUAAUAUUUAAAAAAAGUGAUUUUGCUUUAUAGAGUAACUUUACUGGCAGAAUUUUCUCACUUGAAAAAAAUCUGCAGUAUUCAUAAUGCAGUGUAUACUUAGACAUACCAUUUUAAAUUUAAUCUGCAUUUUUGAUAUAUUCUCUAUAUUCUUAAGUUCAGUCACUGAAGAAUACAAUAAAGCCUUGCUUUAUAGUGCUUACACAUUUUCCUGGUUUAUAUCACCAUGGAAGUUGGUGGGUUGGAGCAGAUGGGGACAAGAUUUAUUUUUCUUUAUCUAUCUAUCUAUCUAUCUAUCUAUCUAUCUAUCUAUCUAUCUAUCUAUCAUCUCUUGCUGCGUUGGGUCUUUGUUGCUGCUCACGGGCUUUCUUUAGUUGCAAGAGCGGGGACUACUCUUCAUUGUGGUGUGCGGGCUUCUCAUUGUGGUGGUUUCUCUUUGUUGUGGAGCACAGGCUCUAGGCUCAUUGGCUUCAGUAGUUGUGGCUCUCAGGCUCAGUAGUUGUGGCUCGCGGGCUCUAGAGCACAGGCUCAGUGGUUGUGGCGCACGGGCUUUUUUGCUCCGUGGUAUGUGGGAUCUUCCCAGACCAGGGCUCGAACCCGUGUCCCCUGCAUUGGCAGGUGGAUUCUUAAUCACUGCGCCACCAGGGAAGUCCCAGGGACAUGAUUUCAUCAGGAUGGACUGGUCUUUCCUUUGAGUCCCAAAGUCUGGCUGGAGGGGUGGGAAUGAAGAGAUCAGUGGUCAGACUCCACAAGUCCUCAUCCAGGCUGCUGGGUUUAAAUUCUGUAUCCCUGACCAGUGCAAGGACCCACAGGCAAACACUCCUCCCCAGGCCUGUUUCCUCCUAUGUAAGGUGGGGAUUAGGAGCUGACCUGCCUCUGGUCCACUGAAAGAUAUGAAGAGGGGAGCUGUCCAUUCCAAUGCAGUUCCCUUUGCUGGUGACAUUCUGGUGCUAGCCACCUUUAGCUCCCCCUGAUGUCCUCAGAUCCCUCUAGCCCCAGGGGCAUGUCAGAAAUAAAUGGGGUGUCUCACAACCCACGAUCUGGGUCAGCCCCCACGGACUUACAUGCAUCGAGGAGGGGGCUGCUGGGUACUGAGGUCUCCGUGUGGAUUCCCCAGUGGGAAAUAAUCUGGGCAACUUGCUAAAGCUCCUUGAGCCUCAGUUUGCUGACUUGGACAUAGAGGUGUUAACUUUGGACCCUGGGAGGAUCAAUGAAAGUAACAAAACACUGAGCACUUAACACCUGAAUUCCAGGGUUUGUAUUUUGAGCUUGUGUGUGACGUAUUUAUUUAAAAUUUUAGUAGAAAAUAUUUUCGUAAGUUUCCUUUUCACAAUUCUCUUAUUGUACUUAACUCUAAUUUAUUGGUAUUUUUAUUGUAUUAGUAACAUUCUCAUUUUGUUCCAUUUUAUAGAGUGCCAUGUAAGUUAAUAUAAAUGCCAUGUAAAUAUACUGUGAAAUUUUACUCAAUCCAUAUGUGUAUCAUUGUUAUAGCAUAUUUCUCCUGAAUCCAUUUACUCUGUGAGAUUGAAAGCACACUCAUCAAUUGAUGGAUUAUCACAGAAAUAGUUUGAUUCUUUUUCAAGUGUACUGAGAGAUCUCUUACUUCUGU